AUGCACAAACUCAUCUUGAUACAAGCGCUCAACGAUCACAAUUGUCUCGUAUCGAGUGAAUCGCACGAAUCUAAAAUCGUUCUAUUGAAGAUGCAAUGGCGAAUGCCUCACGUAGUGUUAAACGAUAUUAAUAAAUUAGCGCUAUUACGCACAUUGGACAGCGGAAGAUAUCUGAGCGUCGCUUUUCGUUCGUGGGAUCUAUACGAGUUUCCGCUUCUGCAGAGCACGACCAAACACUCCUGGGCUCUUAAAGCGGCAACGCAGCUCGAGAAAUCGCGAUACGUUAUCUUCGCGCUGCAAUCCGGAAGGAAGAAUGUUCUGUCUCAGGAUCCCUCCAUGUUCGACGAUUGUAAACUAACCAAUGUCAAAUUGUAUCUUAAUUCGGAUUUUUAUUCUUAUGACGACAUGAAUCUAAAUUUCGAAAAAAAUAAAAUCGCGGUACUAUACGACAAGUACUCAAAAUUUCGAAAAACGUAUAACGGAUGCAAUAAAGACAAAGCGCUCUUUAAUUUGGCCAAAUUUAAAACGUUCGGUCCGAUAGUAGUCAUCGACUGUUCUCGACAGAACGAAUCCAUUAAGAGCGCCACCGUGGACAUUCGUAUAGAGUUCGACUGCAAGGAGAACGUUUCCUCUAACACCACAGCCUAUUGUCUCAUUAUUCACGAUCGAGUGAUAGAAUAUAAUCCGCUCACCAACGUAGUAUGCAGAAUCGUGUAG